AUGCUCCACGCCGCACGGAGGCGGACACCGCCGCUCCCUGCCAGGCUCGCCGCCGCCUUCUUCGCCGCCAAGCCCCAGCCCCAGCCGCCCGCCCUGUCGCCGCAGAUCGUCGAGGCCGCCGUAUCCCGCUGCCCUUCCGACGCCCUCGCGCUCUCCUUCUUCCUCUGGUGCGCCCGCCGCCCCGCCUACUUCCACCCGCCCUCGUCCUUCGACCGCGUCCUCCCUGCCGCCACGCGCCUCGCGUCUCGCCUCGCGUCCCGCCUCGGCACCGCCCCCGCGCUCCUCCGCGAGCUCCAGAGCCUCGGCUGCCCCAUCAGGCCCCACACCUUCCUGCUCCUGCUCAGGCUCUACUGGCGCGGCGGCCUGUACCCGCUCGUGCUCCACCUGUUCGACGAAAUGCCCCGCUGGGGCUUCCACCACAACGCCUUCGCGCGCAAUGUCGUCCUCGACGUACUGCUCAGGACCGGCUGCGUCGAUGAUGCGUUGCGCUUCGUGCAGGGCAACCCGUCGCCCAACUACCUCACCUAUGCCAUUGUCCUGACUCAUCUCUCCAGAGCCAGGGAUUGGUCAGGGUUGCGCGUCUGUUUCACAGCUAUGCUGAGCCAAGGUUUUCUCCCCAGCGCCACUUCUCUCGCCUCGGUCUUUGCCUGUUGCAGUAAGGCUGGUACCAUGGCCGAGCUACAACAGCUGCUGUCCUAUGCGCUUGUCUCGGGCCAGCAGCUCAGUCCGGCCAUGUGGACGUGUCUCAUCGCUCGUAUGUGCAGUGAGGGAAGGCUAGAUGAGGCCUGUAAAACUCUUGGAAAUAUGGUGCGUUCUGGCUCUUCACCAACAGUGGUGACUUACACACCGCUUGUCAGAGGUCUCUUCCGAGCUGGGAGGCAUGACAUUGCCAGUGAGCUGCUGGGAUCCAUGGCAUCCGACGGUUGCACCCCAGACCUUGUUAUGUAUAAUGUUCUGAUGGACUGCAUGAUGAGGGAGAGGAGGUACGAUGAGGCCAUAUACAUCUACCUACAUCUUCAUGGGAGCCAGAUAAAGCCGGAUGCAUACACUUUGUCUACUUUGGUUCAGGUAUUGCAGUUGUCACGGAACAUAGAUCUUCUCCCUAGGUUAAUCCUGGGCUUGGAUAUCUCUUAUGAUCUUGUGGCUUGCAAUUCUAUGCUGAGUGCUCUGUGCAAGUCAGGGUUUCCAUCCGAAGCCCUUCAGUUCUACAUCGAUAUGAUUGGUUUGGGCAUCAGGCCAGACAGCUACAGUUAUGUUGGAUUGUUGGAUAGUUUGUGUCACUUGGGAAGGAUAGAUCAUGCAGUCAACCUCUACCGCAGUGUUGUCACAAGCAAUCCUGAUUCAGACGCUUACGUCCAUGCAGCCAUCCUCCGUGGCCUUGUUAGAAGGGGCCAGAACAUAAUGGCAUUUAGGAUUCUCAGGGAGGCUGUGCGUCAAAAUUAUGCACUUGAUACCGUGUGCUACACCAUUGUUCUGCAUGGUCUAUUCCGAGGUCAUUUUGUUCAAGAGGCUUGUGAUUUAUUUGACAAGAUGAAGGAUUCAGGUGUUGCUUCCAACACUUGUACAUACAAUGUAAUGCUUCGUGGACUGUGUAGAGCCAGGGAUAUGCUUGCAGUCACGCAGUUACUAACAGAAAUGGAAGGCGCCAAUGUUCACAUGGAUAGUACCUCAUUCAACGUGGUAGUUGUGCUCUUAGUCAAAUUGCAGCGCAUCAGUUCGGCAACAGCUUUGAUCAGAGAAAUGCUCAAUCUAGGCAUGAAACUUAACACCAAAACUUGCUGGUUACUUUCUCAAUCAAUUGGUCAUAGAUUCGUUUUGGAGGAUUCUAUCAGUGCUGAAAGUGAUGUGUCUGACUCAACAUGCGAUCUGCUUGUAUGCUCAGCUUCAUAG